AUGCCUGGCUGCAUCGUCACGCGCUGUCAUAUUACGUCACAAUACACCGCACUCUCGAGCUGUGACGGGCACUGGGCGGUAAUUAUACGAUACGGUACGGUCAGCGCGGCGGCCGCUAAGCAGAAGCCGGAAGGCGCACCCACAGCCCGGCGCCGGGUGUUCUCGUCACCCCAUAUUCCAGCUGCUGUUAUUUACCGCCAGCACUGGGCACCGCAUUCCAACCCUAUCACGUCUGCUGCCUUCAACUCCCCCUUUACCCGCUUUAGGAACGCCGGAACGCUCCCUAAUCCAUUUCGCGACGUUCAAUCGCUCCAAUGCCCUGACGUUCAGCGUUCGGAGAGACGCCAUGCCUCCGAUGUGCCUGCGAUGAUACCGCAUUCUUCAAGUGGCGUCCAACCCUGGGUAAAUCAGUCCCGUAUCCCCAGUGGAAGCAGGGCCGGGGACUCAACGGGCUCAGUCGCCCUGAGCUCCGCUGCUUUGCCGGACAAGCCGUCAAUGGCGGCUGCUCCGCCGAACGGGCACCAGACAGUGAUCGACUUGACUAGCAACGACUCUACUACCCCAGAAAGCGAACAUCCCAGCAAAAGACCGAGGUUGGAUACCAAUGUGUCGGGGCCGGCUGGGGAUGGCAAGACUCGGAGCGCGGAGUUGCGGAGUGCUUCAGCAAGUGGAACACCUCGACCUGCGACCGUCCCAGGCCGUGGACGACCAGCAUGCUCAUUCCAAGAGCUGGUGUCUGAGACGUACGGUGCAGGGUUCUCUUCUGGCAAUUUGACCCCGGGGUCGCAGACAACAAAGCCUGCAUCUCCGCCUCCAUUCCCAAUCCGUCCUUGGAAGUACGCUUCUUCGCAGCAGUCAGGGUCUGGAACUGCCGUAGCAAAUGAAAGCACGCCUGAACGGGAAGUCCAGACCACGCCGUACCGUUUGGAAGUCCCAUCGAUUGCACCUAUUCUGAAAGGCGACAAAUUUGCCGACUUCUCUCCCUGGACCGGAAAUCAUCCCGAGGAUCUCUUGAGCGAGCAGACGACAAAGCAGGGGCAUUACGACCGCACACAGGUAUCACAGAAUGAAUCAAAUACCGCACGACCGUCUCUGUAUGCACAACUGAAGCAUCGCUCCGGUUUGCAAGUGCUGUCAUCUGUCUUUGCUGCCGCUCUCGAGAAGAGACAAGCCCAUAACAAGGUCGCUUCGGCGUCGACUUUCAAGCCGCCCCCACGGGUUACAUUGACCGACAACAAGAGAGAAGCCUGGUUGCGAGACCUGGCCAAUCCAUCUGUUCCAUUGCGAAGACUGAGUCGCACCAUCCCGCACGGAAUUCGUGGCAAGGUGCUUCUUGACCAAUGUCUGAGCAAAUGGAUCCCCAUUGGAAGGGCCGUCUGGUUGGCAAAGUGCGUGGGAGCUAAUGAGAUUCGGGCCUUCAAGAGAAAAGGAACGAGCGGGUCAUUGGCCCUCGGGCUCGAGGUGAAAUGGGUCCGGGAUUGGACCACCGCCGUGCAGCAGUUCCUUGAAGGAGUGGUCAGUUCUUGUGGGAAGGAGGACUGGAAAAUGAAAAUGACCUACUCGGUGAGACUUACGGCCCGAUUAUUCUUCGAGAACCUGCUUGAUCAAGACUGCUAUCUCGAUUGGUAUCUCUCCUCGCUCGAAAAUGCCACGUUGGAUACUCUGCCAAUCUGGCUCUUGAUGCUCGGGAUUUACUGGGACCAUCUGGUGCGAUUCCGGAAACGAGCGCGACGGCUGGUGGAGCUUUUGCUCGAAAAGCUCCGGCAAGCGAUCACCACGGAGCCUAAGGAACUCUUUCGACCGCUGGUCGAUCGAGUUUCCGUCUUGGUUCGACGACUGUGUCGUGAACAGACCUCAUCCGUCGUUCUUCCUCGAUCAUGGGACCGCUAUCACGAUGUUGUCUCGUCCUGCCUGCAUCUGGAUGACCCUACAGAAAACAGCAUCCUGCAAUCCCUUCAUACUCGUAAUGCGCGUGUUCGGCAAGCGAAAGAUUGGCGCAAAGCUGCUCAGCGCUCGCCGCAGCAACAGGUUAUCCAACUGUUAGAUGCUGCUCGUUCAGCCCAUGACGUGUCCGCACUGUCUGAUGCAUGUCUGGGCACUAUGGCUGACCGGGAAGCGUUGGUCUCUGAACUUCUUGAAUGGACGGGAACCCCCUUUCGUGAAGGUCUCGUUCGUGUAUACAUCGCCGUCCGCCUGCUACGGAAAUGGAAACGGCUGGGAAUUGAUGUCGACGCUCAUAUCUUUUCAUUCCUGGCCAAGUCUCGCGACAAGUUCAGGCUGCAAAUGGCAAACAUUUAUCAUGUUGUGGUCGAAUUGGUCCGCUCACAAACAUUUUCUGUCGGCAGGUAUCUGCAGUGGCUGGUUGCGAGAGGUGCCAUUGAGAGAUACCGACAGCAAGAACUUCAACGAGCAUCGUCUGAAGGCGAAUAUGGCAGCACGUCUCAGUCAUCCACCACGACUUCUCUUCCGGGUGAUAUUGAGCUGCUUUCUCAGCUUCCAGUCAGUCGGCUACCGCAGCAUUUGCGGAAUCUUCGAGACACCCUUCUGGCUCGUGCCGGUCUGAGCCUGUCGGAAGAGGAUGUGACAAGAACAGUCAAAGCCGACAUCAAACAACGGCUUCCGGCGGUAUUCAGAACGGAGCUCAGCGAAGAUGAUGCGAUGGUCUGCCAUACCGACCCUAGCCAUCUGAGCUGGUCAGUUAAAUCUGAGAUUGGCCAAUGGGUUCGACGCGGUGUCUCCGAGCAUUACAAGGAUGGCUCUCAGUUUGUCGCUGACAAGAGUUCUGCAAGUUCGGUGGAAAUUUCUUCCUUGACUCCUGACGAGUUCUUCACGGUCAGGAGUACGCUCGAAAACUUUGGAGACCUGUCGAUGCUUGCGGAUGUGCUAAGUGACGCUGCCAACUCGGAUGAUGUUCUUGUCCUCGCCUCGGCGGUUGACACUGCGAAUCGCCACUUUGACUGCUUCUCGGUCAUCGGCGCGUUGAAUGACCUCUUCAAAAGUUUCUUCGAGGCCUUCGCCCGCGUGAAACAAAGCGGCCUACCGCUUUACGACCUGGUUUUCUCGCUCGUCGAACUUGGGCACCGUCUCCCCAAUGAGGUCAACGCCGUUGUCGUCUUGCGCCAAGAGCUGGCAAGGGCAGAUCUGUCCGAUCACAUGGCCGAAACUUUGAACGACACCAAUCCAUCAUUCAACGAUGAUCUGGAGCAGUUUUUGUCAUCUGGGAACAGCAUGGAUGAGAAUACGCUGGCCAUGGUAUUCCAGAAAUUGUCUCAGCAGCUUGAGCUCUGUGACGAUCAGGGAAAAUUCUCAACCAGCACCAUUUGCAGAUAUCUGGUCCAGCUGAGAUCAUUCAAUCCAAAGCAUUUUGAUCUCUUGCUGAUCCGGUGGAUUGAGGGGUUGUUGAAAUCAUCCACCCGGCCGAAGCUUUCCAACAUCCUCGCUCCCCUCGUUGGCGUUGGAUGCGUGACACUACCCGCUUUCUCUGCCAUGAUGAAGAAGCUAAUGCUGUCUGAGUCGACCCGGUCUGCCAUUCCGCAUUUGGCCGAGCUCCAGCUGGAUUUGCUCGAACUCUUCGUUCCUGAUGCCAACGGCCCGUCCGCGGAUCUACUUUCAUACCGAUUCCGGAUGGCCCAGGAGGAGUUUUUGUCGAAGCAUUCCGAUGAGGCUCUCGGCAUAAUUCAGAAUACUGCUGCAUGUCUCGCCACGCAGGCGGCACAACCUGGCCUUGACAGCGUCCGAGCGUCCUUGGAGAACUACACAAUACCUCUUCUCCGCCAUCUUCUUGUUCGACACCCAGAAUCUAUCACUCAGCGUUGCGUACAUACUCUUCUAGAACACUAUCCGGCUACCGUCGAUGUUGUUCGGCGGACAUUGAACCUACUGUUGGGUUUCAAUGCACAACCAGGGGAGAAUAAUACCCUCGCUGAGGCAGAGGAGGCGAUCAACAUGACUAACAAUUUCUCCUUGCCGUUUUGCCAACUGAAGCUACAGUUACUCUUCAACAUGGAAGGCGGAGAAGAGGUUAAGAGCGGUAUUGUGGAUAUCAUGUUCAAAGCCGCUGUAGCUGACGUUCGGGCUGGACAAACCUACUGGCUUGACUUGGUGGCCUUGAUGAGCCAAGACGCAGUGCAGCAGAUUCGACAACGUGCCGAGAAAGGAUUCUUUUCCGUUGCACAAUCGGAUAGCUCGCUCGAGGGGGACUCGCCAGUUGAACGGAGCAAUUUGCGGGAAACAGCCCGAGUCUAUCUCACGAUCAUCGAUGGACUGGCCUACAGUAUUCCGGAAGUCGGGGUGCCGUCUGUGACCCCUCUUCUGGUUGAAAAGAUGAAUUCCCUGCUUCAAAGACUUGUCCAGACGCAGAUCAAUAUUCGAAGCCUCAGUGAGAAUCGUAAUGGCACGAUGGCGGACCAGGUUGCCCGCUCACUGUCUGUCUGCGAGGAAAACUUUAUCUUCUGGUUUACAGCCAUGCUGCGUAUGAUCACCAUCCAUCGGGCUGCUUUUGACGCACCGGCGCCGUCUGCAUCCCAGAGACCUAAUUCUCUAUUGGAUCAAUCUCGCCUGCUGAUCACGAUCUUCUGCAUUGCUCUAUCGCGGUCUCCAUUGGGUAUGGCGUCUCACCCGCAUGCUGGAAUAUGUCCGUCGCCAUCCACGACAUCUGCACAGCAAUCUCGCGCUGGUAAUUCCCUACAGACCUACGCUCUUGAUGUUGCAGCAUCUCUCAUCGACACACUUCCCGACGAUGCUCGCCAGCAGUGCGCCCGUUUCCUCCGGGAACGGUGCCCACCAUUCCUCCACGUUCAUAAUGAGCCUCGGUUAAUGUAUCUUCUUGGUCCUGUUCCAGAUUUCUCGACCACUUCGUCCUCGCAGCCGGUCUCUGCUCCGUCUCCAGCCACCUCUGGACCAACAUCGUCUUUGACGCCUACCGCAACUCCUGCGAGCGGAUCCUCUUCAAUUCCGCCGUCCACUAAUGCGGGCAGUAUGGUGCCCACUGGACCAGUCGAAGAUCCCAACUCCCUGGCCAAUCGUCUUCGUAUCCAGCAUCGUGGGCGUGUGGUCGGUCCAUACCCUCUGCGUCCAUGGGAGAUGCUGGAAGAAGCAGCCCCUGUCGCUGGGGUGAACGACACAGCUGUCGAUCUCGGCUACUUUGGUGCCAGGAGAGUGCGAGAUUAA